AUUUAAAACCCCUCAGACCCUCCCUCUCUCCUUUAAACAACAUUAUAUAUCACACACACUGCAUGCUAAUGCGACCAAUUCUCAAUGAGCACUAAAACACAUCUUAAAAUUAGCUCAUUCUGGUGUCUGAGUUCAAACUGCCUGACUAGGCAACAGCGGGAACAUAUCAUCAGAAUUCCCCCUUUGGCAAUACCUGCUGAUUGGGUCCUAAAAAAAGCAAGCCGCUUUUAACUUUUAAUAUUUGGCUCCCGAGUUGUGCCACGAGUAGUCGCGAAAGAUAGAUUUUCCUUCAGUUUUUUUUUUUUUUUUGGAGGAUAGAAAUUAAAAAAAAAUCCAUCAGCGCUGAUUCGUUUUGGUUUGUUUUGUUUGUUUUGUUUUGUUUUUUUCUUCUGCUGUUAAAAAUCUGUGUGCGCAUAUGAGCGCGCAUGUAGGCUUUCUGCUGGAGACGUUUUGCGAAACUUUAAGGAUGAUAUACCUUGGAUGUUUCCUGUUGCUCUGCGAGCUUACGCAUGUCAUGGCAAGUUAUCCCAUCUGGUGGUCACUAGCAGUGGGCCACCAGUACUCAUCACUGGGCACCCAACCUAUCCUCUGUGGCAGCAUCCCAGGUCUGGUGCCCAAGCAGUUGCGUUUCUGCCGGAACUACGUGGAAAUCAUGCCCAGUGUGGCUGAGGGGGUGAAGAUUGGCAUCCAGGAGUGCCAGCACCAGUUCAGAGGCCGGCGCUGGAACUGCACCACAGUCAAUGACAAUCUGGCCAUUUUUGGACCAGUAUUGGAUAAAGCCACUCGAGAGUCAGCAUUUGUUCAUGCCAUUGCCUCGGCGGGAGUAGCAUUUGCAGUGACCCGUGCCUGCGCUGAGGGUUCAGCCACUAUCUGUGGAUGUGACACACGCCAUAAGGGCCCCCCCGGUGAGGGGUGGAAGUGGGGUGGCUGCAGUGAGGAUGUGGAGUUUGGGAGCAUGGUGUCCCGGGAGUUUGCUGAUGCAAGGGAAAAUCGUCCUGAUGCACGUUCAGCCAUGAACCGCCAUAACAAUGAGGCAGGAAGAAUGUCCCUCAGCGACAACAUGUUCCUGAAGUGUAAGUGCCAUGGGCUCUCGGGCAGCUGUGAGGUCAAGACGUGCUGGUGGUCUCAGCCUGACUUCCGAGUUAUUGGUGAUUACAUGAAGGAUAAGUAUGACAGCGCAUCUGAGAUGGUUGUGGAGAAACACAAGGAGUCCCGCGGAUGGGUGGAGACCCUGAGACCUAAGUACAACUACUUCAAACCCCCCACAGAGAGAGACCUGGUUUACUAUGAAAGCUCACCCAAUUUCUGUGACCCUAACCCCGAGACGGGCUCAUUUGGCACCCGUGAUCGUGUCUGCAACCUGACGUCCCAUGGCAUAGACGGGUGUGACCUCCUCUGCUGCGGCAGAGGUCAUAACACCAGGACUGAAAAGAGAAAGGAGAAGUGCCACUGCAUUUUCCACUGGUGCUGCUACGUCAGUUGUCAAGAGUGUGUGAGAGUCUACGACGUGCACACCUGCAAAUAAGGAUGUCUUGUCUUUUCUCACCCAAAUUUAAAGACUCCUGUAGGCAAAAGAACAAAUACAGCAAUUUACCUACAAGAAAUGAAA